AUGAUUCAUGGCCCAUGCGGUGAUCUGAAUCGUUCAUCGCCUUGCAUGGCAGAUGGAAAAUGUACAAAGCGUUUUCCUAAAGAUUUCACCAACGACACCAGCACACACGUCGACGGAUAUCCAAUAUAUCGUCGAAGAAAUACUGAUAAUGGCGGACAAUCAUUCACGCUAAAUAUCAACAACGCAAACACUGACAUUGACAAUCGUUGGGUGGUACCAUAUUCGCCUCUGCUAAGCAAAACAUUCAAUGCUCAUAUUAAUGUUGAGUUCUGCAGUUCGGUGAAGUCCAUCAAAUACAUUUGCAAGUAUGUAAAUAAAGGCAGCGAUAUGGCUGUGUUUCAAAUUCAGAAUACCGAUGGGAAUGCUCCUCGAUUGAGUGACAACGACGAAAUAAUGCGCUACCAAAUUGGCCGGUACAUCAGCUCCAAUGAAGCUGUCUGGCGUAUCUUUGGUUUCCCAAUUCAUGAACGGGACCCAGCAGUUAUACAUUUAGCCGUCCACCUUGAAAACGGCCAGCGCGUAUUUUUUACCAACGAGACAGCAAUUGAGCGUGCCAUGAAUCCACCAAAAACUACACUCACCGAAUUUUUCGAAUUGUGUAAUCGUCCGGAUGCUUUCGGUGCCUUUGCACGAACACUACUAUAUUCCGAAGUACCACGUUUUUUUACAUGGAAUCAAACAAAAAAAUGGAUUCCCCGCAAGAAAGGCACACCAAUUGAUGCAUGCCCCGGCCUUUUCAAAUCAAAUACUUUGGGUCGAGUAUAUACAGUCAAUCCAAGGCAGACUGAGUGCUUCUAUCUGCGACUGUUGUUGGUUAAUGUCAUCGGACCAUUGUCAUUUCAAGAUAUACGUAACGUGAAUGGACAACAGUAUCCAACGUAUAAAGAUGCAUGCCUUGCACUCGGCUUGCUCGAAGACGACAAUCACUGGGACGAUAUGCUUGCAGAAGCAGCAUUGGGUAGUACAACAACACAAAUUCGUCUACUAUUCGCUAUAGUGUUGACUACAUGUUUCCCGGGACGAGCAGACGCGUUGUGGGAUAAACACAAAGAUUCAAUGACUGACGAUAUAUUGCAUCGAAUUCGUACACGGUGCAACGAUCUAACGAUUACAUUCAGCGAUGCUAUGUACAAUGAAGCAUUGAUUGCUAUCGAGGAUCUUUGCGUUGUCAUUGCCAAUUUACCACUCAGUCAAUUCGGUAUGCGUUCGCCAAAUCGAAGUGGAUCUGAUUUAAUCAACGUCGAAAUGAAUCGUGAACUGGAGUACAAUACUGCAGAAAUGGCAGCGAUUGUUACUCGCAAUGUCCCACUACUGACUCAUGAACAAAAAAUCAUUUACGACCGCAUUAUGCUAUCAGUUUCGGCAGGACAAGGUGGAUUCUUUUUUUUGGAUGCACCAGGGGGAACUGGCAAAAUAUUUCUCAUUUCGCUAAUUCUCGCCGAAAUACGAUCAAAUAAUGGCAUCGCAUUGGCCGUUGCAUCAUCUGGCAUUGCAGCAACUUUAUUGGAUGGAGGCAGAACAGCUCAUUCAGCAUUUAAGCUACCUCUGAAUAUUCAAAAUAACCCGGACGCAAUGUGCAAUAUAAAAAAACAAUCGUCAAUGGCCACAGUGCUAAAACAAUGCAAAAUUAUCAUCUGGGAUGAAUGCACUAUGGCACACAAACAUUCUCUUGAGGCGUGGAACCGAACACUCAAAGAUAUAAAAAACAACGACAAACUAUUCGGCGGCACUCUGUUAUUCCUUUCGGGUGAUUUCAGACAAACACUUCCCGUCAUUCCACGUUCAACGUACGCCGAUGAGAUCAACGCUUGCUUUAAAUCAUCACCACUGUGGCGUAAUGUUGAAAAAGUCCAGCUAAAAAUAAACAUGCGCGUCCAAAUGCUGCAAGAUCCAUCCGCUGACACAUUCUCGAAACAAUUGUUAGAUAUCGGCGAUGGAAAAGUUACUGUCCAUGAAAAUACUGGCUGCAUAAAAUUGUUCACCGAUUUCUGCACAAUCGUUGAUUCUCAAAAUGCUCUCAUUGACCGCAUAUUCCCCGAUGUACGCACACAAUACAUAAAUCACGCGUGGCUGGCAGAAAGAGCCAUUUUGGCAGCAAAAAAUGUGGACGUCGACGAUUUAAACUUCAAGAUACAGCAGUCGUUGAGAGGCGAAUUGGUAUCUUACAAAUCGAUCGAUACAGUUUGCGAUGCCAACGAAGCUGUAAAUUAUCCAACAGAGUUUUUGAACUCACUGGAUUUGCCAGGCAUGCCACCACACCUUCUACGACUGAAAGUUGGUUCUCCGGUUAUUUUACUUCGGAAUUUGAACCCACCACGGUUGUGCAAUGGCACGAGAUUGGUCAUUAAAAAAUUGAUGAAAAACAUAAUCGAAGCCACCAUUUUGAAUGGCAAAUUCCAAGGCGAAAAUGUUUUGCUGCCACGCAUUCCAAUAAUUCCCACAGACGUGCCAGUUGAAUUCAAACGCGUCCAAUUUCCUAUUAGAUUGGCAUUCGCAAUGACAAUCAAUAAGUCGCAAGGGCAAACCAUGUCCGUUUGCGGCUUAGAUUUGGGCACAGCAUGUUUUUCACAUGGACAAUUAUACGUGGCAUGUUCUCGAGUGGGCAAACCAUCGAGCUUAUUUGUGUUGGCUAAAGACGGACUGACAAAAAAUAUCGUACACUCAAUUGCCCUUCGAAAUUAAUAUGGGUUUUCUUUAUUUAAUUUUUUCUACUUUAUGAUAAAAAAAUAUAUAUUACAUUUUUUACUUUACAUUUAACAUUUAAGAGAUCAAACAAUGAAUAUGUCAGUUACGUUAAUGAAAUACAUUGAAUUGAGAAAAUGAAUGGUUGGUGUUUUUUUUAUUUUUAUCGGCGGUCCAUUCCUCUUUCUGCUAUUGAUCCCAUCCCCACAUAUCCGUUUGAUCUUCAUCAAAGAAUGGACCGUCCUCAUACUCGGGCUCGGGAAUACCAUUUUCCCACAGCGCAACCCCAAACACGGUCAAACCUUCACGUAUUUGCCCGACAUCCACGUGGAAUCUGUCCUCA